AGGCGGCCGCGCGGUGACGCGCGGGGCUGCUGCGGCUGCUCCGCCGGCGGAUCAUCACUCUCGGGCUGGGAUGGACGCGGGGCGGGCGGGCCCUGGCGCGCGGGGCCAGGAGUCCGGGCCUCCCGGCUGCUGAGCGUUCCCCGAAGCCUCCCCCUUACCCCUGCUUUCCCUCCUAGGAUCCGUGCCGACCCCCGCCCUGGGGCUCCAGACUCGGCUCCCGCCCUCCUCUGACUCUCCGGACCUCCCCCUCCCGCCCGCCCUCGGGAUCGACUAGAUCCCUCCCCCUCCCUGAGGAUUCCGGCUGGAUCCCUGCCCCUGCACCGCGGAUCCUGCGCUCCCGGGCUUCGGGCCCCUGGGGAUUGCCGUGGACUCCUCCUCCCGCACCCGAUCCCUUAGGAUCCUCCGCCUGUACCGCCUUCUGGUCCCUCGAAGCCAGCCCACGGAGCCAGUGGAUCCCUAAUCCAGUCCUGUCCCGUUGCCUCCUCCUCCCUCCGCCGUCCCCACUGCGGGGUUCCCUGUUCUUGGGCUCCUCCUGACCCCCUCCCCUACCUCUCCUUUCCCCGGGGAUCGACUGGAUCCCGGCCCCGCCCCCCGGGGCUGGGGCGAUCCCCCUCCCCCGCCGGGUGAGGCGCUGCGGGCGGGGGCUGGGCCUGCGGGGCCGCGGGGGGCUCAGAGGCCGCCGCCCCCCUACCGAAGCCUGUCCGCCCCCUACUCGGAGCCCUGGAUGGAGGCACCACGGCCCCAGGGCUGAGCCAGACCCCCCCUCCAGGGUUAAAGCUGCAGCCCGUUGCCGAGGUAACAUUGCGGGGCAGCAUCCCGUCGCCCAGCAACCGGCUGCAAGAUCACGCAUCUGUCCCCGGAUUUGCCCCUCCAGCAUCCCCUUGCUGUCUAGCCCCUGCCUCAAAACACCUAAACUUCCAAGGGGAGAAAUGGAGAGGGCCUGGGGUACAGGGGUCUCCCCCACUACACAAAUCCGUUGAGAAUGGGAUGUUGAAGGGAGGGGAAGGUACUGGGCUUGUGCAGUCCCAAAGAAGGCCCAAGUCUGGCCUGGGGUGGGGGUUCAGUGCCAUGAAAUUACAGCUCCGGAGUAAUUAACACCUAUAAACAAACCCACCACUUCCUGCUAAUUAAUGACUUGGUAUUUUUAUUUUCUCUUCCUUGUCUAUCUCAUCCCUCCCAGGGAGGUGGGAACUGGGACUCCUGAGUCCCUGAGGAGAGCCUGCCUGGGAGGGAUGAACAGCUGGAAGGGGAAGUGCUGGGUCUGGGGACCUUCCCCUCCUUCCCCUCUGGCUGUCCUAGACAUUUAACACUUCUUGACCUCACCCCAGCCUCAGACUUUUCUAUCUGGGUCCCUGCUGAGAGGAGGGGGUGGUGGCUGGGGUGGGGGGAGGUGCCAAGGGGCCUGAGGAUGGAAGAAGGGGGGCAACUUGGUCUGAAUUCCGAGUCACUAACCACCUGUCUCUUCUGUUUCCCCAUUCCUGUCUGUCUGCCCCGUCCAAUUUCCCUUCCCUUCUUGCACCUCUCCUCGUAUUUUUCUGUCUGUCCGUCUGUCUGUCCCUCCUCCCCGCAGGUCGGGCCUGCCUUCACCUUCUCCCACUUCCUUCCCCUUCCCCACCCCUCGCCCCCUCCAUGGAGAGGAACAGACCCUUUCUCUGUCCAGUCUAACCCAGGUCCCUCCCCACCCCCCUCCUCCCUCCUUUCCCCCGCCCCCUCCUCCCUCCUGGGGCGAGGGGGGCCUCCCUCCCUCUCCCCCCCUUCUCUCUCUCUCCGAGGGGGGGGGGUCCCGGGGAGGGAGGGGGGGUCCCCCGAUCAGCAUGUGGCUCCUGGCGCUGUGUCUGGUGGGGCUGGCGGGGGCUCAACGGGGGGGAGGGGGUCCCGGCGGCGGCGCCCCGGGCGGCCCGGGCCUGGGUCUCGGCAGCCUCGGGGAGGAGCGCUUCCCAGUGGUGAACACGGCCUACGGGCGAGUGCGCGGCGUGCGGCGCGAGCUCAACAACGAGAUCCUGGGCCCGGUCGUGCAGUUCCUGGGCGUGCCCUACGCCACGCCCCCCCUGGGCGCCCGCCGCUUCCAGCCGCCCGAGGCCCCCGCCUCGUGGCCCGGCGUGCGCAACGCCACCACCCUGCCGCCCGCCUGCCCGCAGAACCUGCACGGGGCGCUGCCCGCCAUCAUGCUGCCCGUGUGGUUCACCGACAACCUGGAGGCGGCCGCCACCUACGUGCAGAACCAGAGCGAGGACUGCCUGUACCUCAACCUCUACGUGCCCACCGAGGACGGUCCGCUCACAAAAAAACGUGACGAGGCGACGCUCAAUCCGCCAGACACAGAUAUCCGGGACUCCGGGAAGAAGCCAGUGAUGCUGUUUCUGCAUGGCGGCUCCUACAUGGAGGGUACCGGGAACAUGUUCGAUGGCUCUGUCCUGGCUGCCUAUGGCAACGUCAUUGUAGCCACGCUCAACUACCGGCUGGGGGUGCUCGGUUUUCUCAGCACCGGGGACCAGGCUGCAAAAGGCAACUAUGGACUCCUGGACCAGAUCCAGGCCCUGCGCUGGCUCAGUGAGAACAUCGCCCACUUUGGGGGCGACCCCGAGCGCAUCACCAUCUUCGGGUCUGGGGCAGGGGCCUCCUGUGUCAACCUUCUGAUCCUCUCCCACCACUCGGAAGGGCUGUUCCAGAAGGCCAUUGCCCAGAGCGGCACUGCCAUUUCUAGCUGGUCCGUCAACUACCAGCCGCUGAAGUACACGCGGCUGCUGGCGGCCAAGGUGGGCUGUGACCGGGAGGACAGCGCUGAGGCGGUGGAGUGUCUGCGCCGGAAGCCUUCUCGGGAGCUGGUGGACCAGGACGUGCAGCCUGCCCGCUACCACAUCGCCUUUGGGCCCGUGGUGGACGGUGAUGUCGUCCCUGAUGACCCUGAGAUCCUGAUGCAGCAGGGAGAGUUCCUCAACUAUGACAUGCUCAUCGGUGUCAACCAAGGAGAGGGCCUCAAGUUCGUGGAGGACUCAGCAGAGAGCGAGGACGGUGUGUCCGCCAGCGCCUUCGACUUCACGGUCUCCAACUUUGUGGACAACCUGUACGGCUACCCGGAGGGCAAGGAUGUGCUGCGGGAGACCAUCAAGUUUAUGUACACGGACUGGGCCGACCGGGACAAUGGCGAGAUGCGGCGCAAGACCCUGCUGGCGCUCUUUACCGACCACCAGUGGGUGGCACCGGCUGUGGCCACGGCCAAGCUGCACGCCGACUACCAGUCCCCUGUCUACUUUUACACCUUCUACCACCACUGCCAGGCUGAGGGCCGGCCCGAAUGGGCAGAUGCAGCACAUGGGGAUGAGCUACCCUACGUCUUCGGUGUGCCCAUGGUGGGUGCCACUGACCUCUUCCCCUGCAACUUCUCCAAGAAUGACGUCAUGCUCAGCGCCGUGGUCAUGACCUACUGGACCAACUUCGCCAAGACUGGCGACCCCAACCAGCCGGUGCCGCAGGACACCAAGUUCAUCCACACCAAGCCCAACCGCUUCGAGGAGGUGGUGUGGAGCAAGUUCAACAGCAAGGAGAAGCAGUACCUGCACAUCGGCUUGAAGCCGCGCGUGCGCGACAACUACCGCGCCAACAAGGUGGCCUUCUGGCUGGAGCUGGUGCCGCACCUACACAACCUGCACACCGAGCUCUUCACCACCACCACGCGCCUGCCCCCCCACGCCACGCGCUGGCCGCCGCGCCCGCCCCCCGGCGCCCCGGGCACGCGCCGCCCGCCGCCCCCCGCCACCCUGCCGCCCGAGCCCGAGCCCGAGCCGGGCCCCCGGGCCUACGACCGCUUCCCCGGGGACUCCCGGGACUACUCCACGGAGCUCAGCGUCACCGUGGCCGUGGGCGCCUCCCUCCUCUUCCUCAACAUCCUCGCCUUCGCCGCCCUCUACUACAAGCGGGACCGGCGGCAGGAGCUGCGGUGCCGGCGGCUCAGCCCCCCGGGCGGCUCGGGCUCCGGCGUGCCCGGCGGGGGCCCCCUGCUGCCCACCGCCGGCCGCGAGCUGCCCCCCGAGGAGGAGCUGGUGUCGCUGCAGCUGAAGCGGGGCGGGGGCGUCGGGGCGGACCCUGCGGAGGCCCUGCGCCCCGCCUGCCCGCCCGACUACACCCUGGCCCUGCGCCGGGCGCCGGACGAUGUGCCUCUCUUGGCCCCCGGGGCCCUGACCCUGCUGCCCAGCGGCCUGGGGCCGCCCCCGCCCCCGCCGCCCCCCUCCCUCCAUCCCUUCGGGCCCUUCCCCCCGCCUCCCCCCACUGCUACCAGCCACAACAACACGCUCCCCCACCCCCACUCCACCACUCGGGUAUAGGGGGCGGCUCGGGGAGGCCCCCCUCCCCAGCCCUCCCGGCCCACGCGGAAGGCAGGGAGGAGGACUUGGCGACAGGCUUUUGUCCUGUGGAGCUGUCACACGUCGAGGAGCAUUAGGUGGACAUGGGUCUCCUCACCGGGAUGCGUGUUUCUCCCGCGCCCAUUCUCUUCUCCGGACCUGGGCCUUUGAACAACCGGGGGGGUGUUUUUUUCCCCUCCGUCGGGACACCCGUCUUCGGUGUGAGGAGACGUGGAAGUAUUUUCCCACGUGGAGGUGUGCUUUCUCACGAGGGGGUGUGUUUUCCCAUGUGCAGGGUGAGGUUUUUUUUUUGCCGCCCUGGACACAUGUUGGCUCCCUCAAAGAAUUUCUGCGGGCAUUUGUACCCCAGAAUCCUGUUCCCUCAUGCCUUCUCCCACCUCCUCCCUCCUCCCACCCCCCUGGAGACCCUGGAAGUGGUGUGUUCACAAACAGCGACCCUUGGCCACCAGAGGACACAGGGUGGUGCCCGGGAAGAAGCAAAGAAAUCACAGCCCCCACCCCUCCGGCCCCGGCGAAGCAUGUGUAUCCCCCGUGGCACUCGUGAGGUGAAGCACGGUCUCCCCAGGCAGGCCUCGCCUUCCAUGACGACAGACACAGAACCUCUGCCGGGGGGCGGGGGGGGAAGGGAGGAGAUCCUGCAUCCCUGUGCUGCCUGGGAACUUGUCUUCCCAUGGGUCAAGGACGCAUUUCUGAGUGGAGACAUGUUCUUGCAUGUGGAUGUAUGUUUUCCCAUGCAGACGGCCCCUGUCUCUCCAGCACUUCCCUGCAUCUUCGGGCCUUGGGCCCAGCACUUAACAUCUCCUCACACAGCAGGUGGGAACGGACUUCAAACUGACAGAAGCUGAGGGGGAUGGACAAACCCUGAGCGGGGUGCUCUGCCCCUCUUUCCCCUAGAGUUGGGGGGGCGGGAGGCAUAGCACCUGCCACCCACAGAGGCCAUGCAUGUUUGACCAAAGCCCUCACUGCGGUCUGAGGGCAGCCCUUCCCUCAGUCCUCAGGCCAUUGCUCAUCCGUGCCAAACUGGUGAGGUGGGUUUGAGGGGCAAAGACCCCCUAAGUGUGCCAAGGAUUCCCCCGUCCUGGGCCAGGGCAGGUGGGAUGCAGGAGGGGGGGAGGUGGCAGCUAAAGGGGUCCUGCCCGUGUCCCUCUUCUCUCCUCACUGUGUCUCACCCCUCCCUCUCUGCCUCUGUUCUCCCUCCCCUCAUUGCUGUCCCCCUCUGAAGCCGACCCUUCCUGACGUCAAGACAGUUUCUCCCCUCAGCUGCCCACCCCCUCCUUUGGCCUGCCCCCUCUCCCCUGGGCCGCCAGGGCACAAGGGAAGGAGCGGUGGAGGGGGAAGGGGAGGAGAGCAGGGGAGAAAGGCUUCCCAGGACAGGUUGGGGGGAGAAUGGGGUCAGCUGUGCUGAGGAACAGAUGGUGGGGGACGGGGCUUGGGCAGACACCAGCAGGAAGAAUUUGAUUCGAAGGGACACGUGUCCGGUGACUGCCCAAAGAGAAAGGGUUUGGGCCUCUGGGGAAAGGAAGAAUGUCAGGGAGGGUUUCAAGGGACACCAGCGGAGACGGAGCCAGUCCUCUCCACUGGCCUUUCGUGGGUUCCUUAGUGCCAAAUGUGAGCAAGCGGUGGAGUGCUGUCUUCCACUGCCGCCCGAAUCCAGAAUCCCUGGUCUUGGCUCCCCAGAACUUUGCCUCCUGACUGUCCCUUCUGCCCCCACCUCCACCCAUGGAAACUUAGUUCUUUUUCCACCCCUUCCCCUGCCUGGUCUAGCUCCUUUCCAAACAGCCAUGCCCUCUAAACACUAGGGACCUGGGCCCUGAACCCUGUAGACAGAUGCCCCCAAAAUUGGGGCAUGGGAGGGGGGCUGGGGGACCCCAUGAUUCAGCCACGGACUCCAAUGCCCAGCCCCUCUCCCCAGAACAAUUCCCUGACAAUCCCCUGUCCCCACCCCAACCCUUCGCGGCUCUGUACACAUUUUUAAACCUGGCAAAAGAUGAAGAGAAUAUUGUAAAUA